GCUGCCUAGCUGAAUCUAAGAAAGAGCAUCUUUAUCGAUUUUACGGAUGAAUACUUUAACAGCUCAAAGCAUGUUCGGUGCUAAUAAAGAAACAGUUUGGAUCUGCAUUAUAAACUAUUUUCAUAACCUGGCUACUCAACUUUUCUGUCUCACUCUGUAUUUCUCUCUACACCUGCACAGAAAGAGAGAGAGAGAGACGAUUCUUCUUACAGUCCAAAACAUGAAGAAAAAGCCAAGAACCCAUCUUUGCUAAUCCCCUUGUUUCUGACUUUCUGUUACUGAAUCAAGGAAUAAGGCUAAAUUUGGCCAAACAUCAGAAUUGUUUUUACUGGUUGCCAAUUUUGCUAGGAAUUAUGGGUUUGCUCAAAUUUAGAACCUUGUUUCUUAGUUUCCUACUUGUGUUUGAGAUCUGCAUGGCCAGCACUCAACAGUUUGGCCGGAUUUAUCCUGGUUUCCGAGCGUCUCAGAUGGAAUAUAUUGAUAGUAAAGGUAUAUUUCUGAUAUCCAACAACUCGAAAUUCGCUUUGGGUUUCUACACUAGUGUGGAUGUCUCAUUGUUUCUACUAGUUGUCAUUCACAUGCCUAGUUCCAAAGUAGUUUGGACUGCUAAUAGAGGCUUAUUGGUUCAAAAUACUGCUAACUUUGUGUUUGGAGAAGAUGGGAACGUUUACUUGGAACAUGGGGAUGGUGUAGUUUGGUCUACAAACACUACAGGGAAAACAGCUACAGCCAUAGAAAUGGGCGAUACGGGAAAUUUGGUAUUGCUUGGGGCCAGUGGAAGUAUUCUAUGGCAAAGUUUUAGCCAUCCUACUGAUACCCUUUUGCCUGGCCAGGAAUUCUUGUAUGGAAUGCAGCUCAAAAGUUUUCCCAACAGCAAUAACUUGUCUCACUAUCUUGAAUUCAGAUCAGGCGAUUUGGUCUUGUCAGCGGGGUUUCAAACGCCACAAAUUUAUUGGUCCAUAACAAAUGACAGGCGCAAAACCAAUAACUCCGUCAUCGGCAAGGUUCAUUCUGUGACUCUGCUGUCCAAUUUCUGGAAUUUCUAUGAUCAAAAUAAAACCUUACUUUGGCAGUUUGUCAUCUCCAACAGUCCUGGAUGGAAUCCCUUCUGGGCUGCUGUUUUAGGCUCCAAUGGGUUAAUCUCAUUCUAUAAUCUUCAAAAGGGGAAACCAGUGACUGCUGAGGCAAUUACAAUACCACAAAGCGCUUGUAGCGCACCUGAGCCAUGUGGCCCGUACUAUGUGUGCUAUUUUGACAACAGAUGCCAAUGCCCUUCACCUCUCAGCUCUCACUCUAAUUGCAAGCCUCAGAUUAAUUCAAACUGUAACAACUCCAAGAGUUCGGUACAGCUUCUAUAUGUUGGCGAACAGCUCAACUAUUUUGCACUUGACUUUGUUACACCCUCAUUGAAAUCCAAUCUAGAUGCUUGCAAAGAAGCAUGCCUAGGAAAUUGCUCUUGCCUUUCGUUGUUCUUUGAAAACAGCUCUGGAAGUUGCUUUCUGUUUGAUCAGAUAGGAAGUUUACAACGGUCUAAUGUGGGUUCUGCUGGUUAUAUUUCGUAUAUAAAAGUGGUAAGUCCUGCAAGUGAAGAAAUUGGAAAUGGAGGGAAUAACAUUAUGUUACCCAUGGUCAUAGUUGCAGCAGUGAUUGUUUUCUUUAGUCUAAUUUAUGCAGUAUACUGGUACCAACAUAAAAAGAAAAUAUUACUCAAAUAUCCUUUUGGCAAUUCAGAAGAGGAUGAUUUCUUGGACAAUCUUCCUGGAAUGCCUUUUCGUUUUUGUUAUGGUGAUCUUUGUAGAGCAACCAAAAACUUCUCUACAAAAGUUGGGCAAGGAGGGUUUGGCUCAGUCUACAUAGGUGUGCUCCCAGAUGGUACAGAAGUGGCUGUGAAAAGGUUGGAGAGUGCUGGACAGGGGAAAAAAGAAUUUAAAGCUGAAGUUACUACCAUCGGCAGUAUCCGUCAUGUGCAUCUGGUCAAGCUCAAAGGCUUCUGUGUUGAAGGGCCUCACAGGCUUCUUGUAUAUGAGUACAUGCGUAAAGGGUCAUUGGAUAAAUGGAUCUUCAACAAGAAUGAAGAGGGUAAUUUGUUGGAUUGGGAUACAAGAUUUAAUAUUGCUUUGGGUACAGCAAAGGGGUUGGCUUAUCUCCAUGAGGAGUGUGAAGUGAAGAUUGUCCACUGUGAUAUAAAACCUGAAAAUGUUCUUCUUGAUGAUAAUUUUAUAGCAAAAGUUUCAGACUUUGGUUUGGCUAAGCUUAUGAACCGGGAACAAAGCAUUGUGUACACAACAUUGAGGGGUACAAGAGGAUACCUUGCACCAGAAUGGAUUACCAACUUUGCCAUAUCAGAGAAGAGUGAUGUGUACAGCUAUGGUAUGGUCUUGCUUGAGAUUAUUGGAGGAAGGAAAAAUUAUGAUUCACGACAUAAUUCAGAGAAAGCCCAUUUCCCUUCUUAUGCCUCCAAGAUGUUGGAAGAGGGAAAACUGAAAGAAAUCCUUGAUACAGAGCUAGAGAUUGAUGAAAAAGAUGAGCGGGUUGUCACAGCUAUCAAAGUUGCUAUGUGGUGUAUACAAGAUGAGAUGCAUUUAAGGCCACCAAUGGCAAAAGUAGUCCAAAUGCUUCAAGGUCUUUGUGAUGUGCCUCCGCCUCCACCUCCAACCUCAUCUCAGUUGGGUUCUCUAUCAGGCAUCUUUAAAUGGAACAGUUAUGGGGCUACUGCAUCAGGUGUGAAUGAUUACUCAAGUGAUGUAGCCAUUUCAGAUAUUCGCUUAUCAGGUCCAAGAUGAUAGAAGAAAUUUUUGUCCCAGAGGAUUUCAUUUUAACCUAUGUAUAAUGAAGUAUUAAUGAUCCGUAUGUAUUGGUAUUUAAAUAGCAAUAUUUUCUUGUCUCUUCUUGGUUUCUGACUAGUUUUGAAACUUUUGUAAUGAAUUAUUGCCCUUGUUUGUUCACC